UUCUCAGCAUUUAUAAUGCCAGCUGUAGAGGAGACAGGAACUACAAGACCAUCUCUUCAAAAGUAGCAGGAUUUUCCAGUGUAGGCAUUGACUCUGGGUGGACGAGAAAAGCCAAUAUGGAGCUGAGUAAUGACACUAUACGAAACAUGACUGCGGAUUAUGGGAAUUUGAGCUUCAGUGACCUAUGGGAUUCAAUCUCCAACCUCAAAGUAUUAGAUGACACCGUAGAUCCCACAUAUAUUUCCUAUACUAUAUUAGAACACAUACCCACCAUGUGCAUCAUAUGGUACAGCAUCACUUUAAUUUUGGGGGUCAUCGGAAAUGCUUUGGUCAUCUGGAUUGCCGGCUCCAGGACAAGGACUGUCAAUGCCGUGUGGUUUCUCAACUUGGCCAUCGCAGAUUUCAUCACAUGCGUCUCUCUUCCUUUACGUAUUUCAGAGUGGGCUUUGUACUUGGACAUUACCUUUGAUCAUUUCUUGUAAAACGUGAGGAACCCCCAACCACAUCAUCUGAAUUAGAAGUCG